GGCAUUAAAACACUUAUCUCAUGGAUUUUGGAUCGCGCCCGGAGCUCCGGUUUCUCGAGGAUCUCGGCCUCCAGGCGACGAAUCAAGGCUGCUAUGGCGGCGGCGAGUGGCGCGCGGGUGGGAAAUCGGUGUCCAGCCUCAGUCCUGCGAGCAAUCAGCCGAUCGCGACCGUCAUUGAAGGAUCGCUGGAGGAUUAUGAGAGAAGCCUCAAGGCCUGUGAAUCUGCUCGCGAGAGCUGGAUGCUGGUAUGCUUCUCUGGUUUUUUGUUUUCUCCGAUACUUAUCCAAAGUUUUAUUGUUCGCCAGACCCCUGCUCCAAAGAGAGGAGAGAUUGUGAGGCAGAUUGGCGAUGCGUUCCGGAAGAACCUGGAGAACCUGGGGCGCUUGAUUUCGCUUGAGAUGGGGAAAAUUCUCGUGGAGGGAAUUGGAGAGGUCCAGGAAGUGAUAGAUAUGUGUGACUUUGCGGUGGGACUGAGCCGUCAGCUAAGUGGCUUGAUUCUACCAUCCGAACGACCAAACCAUAUGAUGAUGGAGGUUUGGAAUCCUCUUGGUAUUGUUGGAGUCAUCACUGCUUUUAAUUUUCCCUGCGCUGUUCUUGGUUGGAAUGCUUGCAUUGCCUUGGUCUGUGGCAACUGCGUUGUAUGGAAAGGAGCUCCAACAACACCUCUCGUAUCGAUCGCAACGACGAAAAUCAUAGCUGGGGUGCUAGAGCGGAACGGUUUGCCCGGAGCGAUCUUCACAUGUAUAUGUGGAGGGGCCGAAAUUGGAGAAGCGGUUGCAAAAGACAGCCGGAUACCUUUGGUUUCAUUCACGGGGAGCAGCAAGGUUGGUCAGAUCGUCCAGUGUCACGUGAACUCCAGAUUCGGCAAAUGUCUUUUGGAACUGAGUGGCAACAACGCAAUCGUCGUGAUGGAUGACGCGGAUCUAUCUCUCGCUGUUCGGUCAGUCUUGUUUGCUGCCGUCGGCACGGCAGGACAAAGAUGCACGACUUGUCGUCGCUUGUUUGUGCAUCAAGCAAUUUACAAAGACUUUAUCGAAAAGCUAGUCACGGCAUAUGGACAGCUCAAAGUUGGAGACCCGUUAAAGCACGACACUCUUGUUGGACCGCUGCAUUCUUCUCAGUCCAAGCAAGCUUUCGAGCAGGGAUUAGAAGCAAUCGCAUCGCAGGGUGGGAAAUUCUUAACCGGUGGGGUGGGUACCACAACGUCACCUGGAGAAAACUACGUGACUCCCAGCAUUGUGGAGAUCUCUCACGAUGCAGACGUCGUGAAAGAAGAGCUAUUUGGUCCGCUACUCUACGUCUUCCAGUUUAAGACUCUGGACGAGGCAAUCGCCAUGAACAAUUCGGUCCCCCAAGGCCUCAGCAGCUCGAUCUUCACCAAGAGCCACGAGACAAUCUUCAAGUGGAUCGGGCCAACAGGAAGCGAUUGUGGGAUCGUUAACGUAAACAUUCCCACAAACGGCGCUGAGAUUGGCGGUGCUUUUGGCGGUGAGAAGGCUACUGGCGGCGGUCGCGAAGCAGGAAGCGAUUCAUGGAAGCAGUACAUGCACAGAGCGACAUGCACUAUCAACUAUGGGAAAACUCUACCUCUGGCUCAAGGCAUAAAUUUUAAUUAAAGUGAUAAGAUGGAGCUCCAAACUAUAUAUGUGACUCACGAUGUGUUUAAACCCUAUAUUGUUUUGCCA